AUGGCGGAGGACGCGCAAGAUAGCGAGAGCCCUGUGAAACAAGUGAAGCAGGAGGCGCACGAUAUCCAGUCCCAGAUUAAGGAUGCUAUGCGCUCACGCGUCCCUUACUUCAAAGAACAAUCCGAUUCUUUGACUUUUGAGGGCGUCCGAAGAUUGUUAGAGAAAGACUUGGGGUUGGAGACAUUUGCAUUGGAUGUCCACAAAAGAUUUGUCAAAGAACACUUGGUGGAGUGCUUAGAAGGUGCUGGUGAUGACAAUACCUCAAAGAGUUCUGGGGAGACUGAUGAAAAAAGUCUAAUUAAAGGGGAAGCAGCAGAAUCUCCUGAAGGGUACAAGUCGAAUAAAGAUGUGAAGGAAACUUGCUCAGAAGAUGAGGAGAAAAUGGAAGACUCUCCUGUAAUGGGCCUUCUAGCAGGGAAUAAAACAGCCAAAUCUGGAACUGAGGAAACUAAAAGCACCAAAAGCAAAAAGGCUCCAAGUGAGACUGUGAUAAAGAAGAUUACUAUGGCUGGACUUCGCAGACUUUUGGAGGAAGAUCUUAAGCUUGAGAAAUAUACUCUUGAUCCCUGUAAGAAGUUUAUCAAUGAGCAUUUAGACAAGGUUCUAGAAUCUCGUGAAAUUUCUGAACCUGCGCCUGUCAAAAAAAAUGUUAAGAAGAGUGUUCAGAGAAAAGCAUCUACCAAGGUCAGAAGCAAUGAGAGUUCUGGCUCUUCGGAUAAUGAAAGUGACGAGGAAGAAGAUGAAGUAAAACCUAGAAACAAAAGUGUUCCAAAAGGAAAGAUGCAGAACUCUAAUGAUCUGAAGAAACGGAAAAGAAUGGCUAAUGAGAGCAAUAUCUCUGGAAAGAAGCGCAUCAAACCUUCUGAAACAGAACCAGAGGACAAAAGUGAUGCAGAAGUCAGUGGCAAUGUCUCUGAAGAUGAUCGGUCUCAGUCAUCUGCGGAAAAACCUGUCAAGAAGAAAGAAGUUUCAACAACUGCAUAUGGGAAACGUGUGGAGCACCUAAGAUCAGUUAUUAAAGCAUGUGGAAUGAGCGUUGCCCCUUCAGUUUACAAGAAAGUCAAGCAGGUGCCUGAGAGCAAACGUGAAGCUCACCUGAUAAAGGAGUUGGAGGAGAUACUCUCUAAAGAAGGAUUAUCUGCACAUCCCACUGAGAAAGAAAUCAAAGAAGUCAAAAAGAAAAAGGAAAGGGCAAAAGAACUUGAAGGCAUUGACAUGAGCAAUAUUGUAACUAGUUCACGUAGAAGGUCCACAACUAGUUUUGUACCUCCACCAAAGCCCAAAAUACCAGUUGAUAGUGAUUCUGAAGAUUCUGAAGAUACAGAUGAUGACAAUGACGAAGAAGUGAAUGAGGUUGAAGACGAGGACAAUGGUAAUAGCGAUAACAACCAUAGUGAUGAGGAUGAUGCUGAUGACAGUGAUUAA